AGAUUUCAGCAGAAACCAUUGCUGUAUAUUUGUUUUCACAGCAAGCGUGUGUGAGAUAUCGCUAUAGAUGAGAGCAUGGUUGGCUUGCCCCGAAUCUAUAUUUUAUUCUAACAAAAUCUGUUGACUUAUCGAAUCAGAUCAUUUCACUACAUCGCGAAACGUAAACGUCUCCUGUAUAAAUCAAUAUACACUAGAGACGAAAGGAGAUUCAAAGCAGUUCAAAAUGGUAUCACGAGGCCCAUAACGAGGAAAACCUCACACAAGCAAUGCCAUCUGUCUUUGAUGACCACAUCUCGUAACUCCAAGGCAUAAUCCGCCAUGGCAAUGGCUACAGGCAGCGAUAGCGGAAUGAAAUGCGAAGAGACAUGUUGUCACGGACAUCCUGUAUUAAUUCAUUAUAUCAACCAAGUGAGAAGAAGAAUAUGUCACGCCUGUGCGCUGAAGAAAGGUCAUAUUCAUCUACUCGGACACAAAAAGUGGUAUUGUGAGAGGCAUCAGGAAUCGGUAAAAUCAUUCUGCAUCACUCAUGAAGAAGGUUGCUGCAAGUCAUGUGCACUUAUCUUCCAUCAAAGCCCAUGUCAGGUCACCGAUAUCCAUACGAUCCUUGAUGAGAAACAAAAGCUUUUAGAUGGAAAGCUGUCCUCGAGGGAAAAGAGUUCGAAAGUCUUAAAGGAUUGUCUCCAUCAGGUGUCAGACAGUGUACCGGCUUUGGAGAAAUCGUUCCAGAAAAUUGAAGAUGAAGUAAUAAAACAUUUUGAUGAAGCCCUUGAGAAGGAAAGUGAAAGGGAGGAAGAAGCAAUUAAAACCAUUGAGGAGGAAUACAAGGAGAAAAUGAAGCUGUUGCUGCAAAAGAAGGACAUUGACCUGGCACGCUGUCAAGAAGAAGCAGAAAAACAAAGAAAACCACUUCGAGAGAACAAGAAAGAAAUACUCGACGAGAUUUACAGAUGUCAAAGAAUAUUAAAAUCAAGAAUAGAGAAACUACAACGUGAUUUGGAACAGCUCCAUAGAAGUAGUCACGAUCUUAAGAUAAAAAUUAAUCAUGUUCUUCAUGCAGAACAAGACAUUGUUUUAAGGUCCGUCGAAGUGUGUGCGGAAAUCGAGAGGACCCUUAAAAGGACUGUCGAAAUGAAAGGACUCCUCAAGGAAAAGGAAAUCAUUAUGAACUCCAUAUCUUUACUUAAGAAAAGAAGAAAUGGGAGAGAGCACCAUAGGUUAUAUUCCACACUUCAGGGAUCGUGGCAGUUAGUAGAUGAAUUCAGAAUUCCAUCUUACAUGAAUGAUUUGCGUAUUCUCGGUUGUGCCUUUGAGGGAAACACUUUCUUUCAAGACAUUAAAACGGGAGAAGGGUACGUAUUCGAUCCCACCAAGCGAGAGAUGGUCAAAGUGUUACAAUAUGAUGGGAGGGGGUUGGUGAACUAUUGCACACCUAUCGAUGAAGAUUCACUUCUCUGUGGAAGAACUCAGGGAGGAUGCUUUAAGAAGACUCUCCACGGGUGCAUCUGUGUGUACGACAGCAAAUGGAAUUUGAAGAAAGAUUUCCACAUUCCAAGGAAUACGUCUGGAUCAUUCUCCUGUGUCAGUGUAGACGUUGAUUGUGAUGGCAUGAUCGUUGCGUCAGAAGCUAAGCAGUCCAACAUCUACAUAAUCAACUCGGCUGAUGGUUCUAUCGUCAAAAUCAUUCGUAUGCAGGAUCGCAAAUGUAAGCGGAGCCUGUGCAUGUCCUCUGGUGAAAUAGUCGUAUCUACAAGUCAAGGAGAAUUCAUCAUUUUAGAUCGGACUGGCAACACAAAGCGAAUCAUACGGGACGACGAAUGGCGAUUAGCUGUCGACUUCUCCUUAGAUCCUCUCUUAGAUACAAUGUAUGUCGUGUACUGGGACGAGAGUCAAUGUGUGUAUGCAGUUGACCAAGUAUCAGUUGUUGGGAAAAUAUCAAAGAAGAUUUUAACCUUUCCUCAAGCAAGCUGGUUAGACACGACUUCCAAAGUGUGCACUUAUCCUAUAGUUAUCACACAUUCAGGAAAGCUAGUUGCAUGCAAUGAAGACAAUAUAAUGACCUACAAGAGAAGAGUCUGUUUCAUUGAUGUUUUCAUAUAGGUUUCUCACCAUGUGUCAAUCUUAACCAUUGAGCAAAUGCCUUCCGCAGAAACAACACAGAGUAGAAAUAAGCAGGGCUGUUAACACGGACAUUUUUGUCAUUAACUGAACUUGCUCUGUAAAACGUAUUGACCAUUCACUAGACAAUUUCAACUUUUUUUAUUUCUUAAAUCAUUGUAAAUAUCAUCAACGAUGCACUCAUAUUAAAGUUGUCCCAAGAAAGAGAGAAAUCAGUCAUUACUGAUUCAAUUUCAUUUAAUAGCAACAUAUAGAUCUAGGAUUUUUUUGAUAAAGUGAUCAGAGAAUAAAUAUCGCUCUUAUAUACUUGAGAACUGACUGUGUUUAAAAAUACAACCAGAAAACCACUAGAGUAAAAUACAAUUCGUUAUAUGAAUCAGUAUAGAGCGGAAAAGUACUUUUAUUCAAUAUAUUUUAUGGAUAGGUGCAACAUGCAUACAGAACAUGAAAACAGAGUUAUAAUUCACGGUGUGCGAUCACAAACACUCAAUGAAAUACAGUUAAUCACACAUAACCGUCAUGUAUUUUCCUCUUCGUUGUUUAUGAGAAGAGGACCAAAUAUAAAGUCAAAUGCCUAUAUAUUACAAGACAUGGAGGGAAUGACACAUAAUUAUCAUAAUGCUAAAGUAAUGUGGUUGUUUCAUAUCGAAUCAGUAUCAAUCACGUGAUUAUUGCGUAUAUGAGUGAUGUCUUUCAUAUAUUUUUUCGUUAUUAUUUUGGGGGAUUUUUCUCAAUAUUAUGUAAAAAUUCCUAUAUUGACAAUCUUGGCUUGUUAUAAACUAUCAUAAUUAUUCUUAUCAUAUUACAAAUGAACACAUAAGACUUGAUCAUAUUAUUUCUUAAUGUAGGCAUAUUCAAUAAUAGCAUUUGCGAAAAAUGAAACACAACUUAUUGUAUAGAUACAAUCUUGAAGAUAUUGUUUACAAUUGUGUUAACUCACACUCUAAAUUACAGGGAUUUAAAAUAAGUCCAGAUGGACUGUAGCUAGGGACCAAUCGAUUUCUGAAUUUAGUUUUAAUCCUAACGACUUAAAUUUAAAUCUCAAAUGAUUUAAAUUUAAAUCUUUCGAGAUUUAAAAAUGAAUCUUAAGGAUUCAAACUAAAUCCGGAAUUCGAUUGGUCCCUAACUACAGUCCAUGUGGACUUGUUUUAAAUCCCUGUAAUGCAUAUAGGGCUUAUCCGAAAUUUACGCAAACAUAUUAUUCAUGAACAUAUUACUUCCUAUGCAAUUGGUGUUGUAAUAUUAUAAAGAAGUGUUCUUUUUAUGAUUAAAUAACCAUUAAUCAAUUCACACC